AUGGAGGACAACGUGGAGGAUUUGUGGAUAUUGCUCGACGAGGGAAUUCCCAGUCGAUAUCCUUUAGCAGGAUGCUAUCUGGAGAUCAGCCAAAAAGACGAUAAAAGAGGCUUGACAAAGGUAUUGGCUAAAAACCGAGAUCUCAUUCGGAUCUAUGACCAAGAAAUUCUUUCACCAAUUUUCGACUCGAUCCUUUUGACGCCCUCAAUAAAUAAAGAAAAGUUGAAAGGAAUUGAGAAAUUCUUUCGAUCUUCCCAAUUUCAAUGUUUUAAGAAAAGAGUGGACUCAAAAAGUGAAUUACUAUUUCUAUUCGUUGAAGAGAAAAAACGAAUCCAUCUCUAUGCCAAAUGUCAACUAGCUGAUUCUCCAUUUCUCGCUGAGAGAAUCCUUCCAUUUCUUGAAUUUCCUUCAGUGAUAAAGACUCUCAUUUAUCAGAAAUUGUCGACGAUUUCGCGUUUUCGUUUGUUAAAGGCAAAUCAUCAAUUGAGAAAUAUAAUUCUGACAAAUGGAGCCUUUCCGAAGAUCGUUUGGUCUUUGAGAAUCGACAGAGGUCAAGAGAUUCGAAUCCAAUCCACUGCCGACUCUCGGCCCUACGAAUUCCAAAGUGAAGAGAAUUUCAUCGAUCUCUGCCGAGCAAUUCAAGGCGUUGAUUCUCUUACAGUCGCUGAUUGGGAUGCUCAGCUUCUGCCACUUCGAGAAUUGUUUCCAAAUCUACGCCACAUAAAGUAUUUCAUUUGUCCAAAAGAAAGCAGUUUCCCAAAUUUGGCCAAUUUUUUCAACGAAUCAAAAGCUGAUGUUUUUGGCGAAACCGAUUUGAGAUUCAAAAGAGAACCGGGUGCCUUGGAAUUCGAGAAGAAUCCUUUCAAAGAUUGUUGUCGAAUUCGAGUCGAUGGAGUCAUUGGAAUCUUGGAAUUUCUUCGAGGAAUCAAAGUCGAAGUAUUGGAAGUUUCACCAAGACAAAAAGAUCAACUAGAGGAGAUGAGAUUUCUGAUCGAUCAUGGCAUUCCAAGUGCUCAUCCUUGCUCGUAUCUUCAACUCUAUGGCUCAAAAAUGAACACUGUCAACGGUGGGGAAUUGAUUGAAUUAUGCAAAGAGCAGAAAAAUAUAAUUCUUUCUGUCGAUUUAUCUGAUAAACUUCUCGACUCUUUCAAGUCAUUCACCGAAAUUUUCACGGGAAUCGAUCCACGAGAUUUACCCAUCGUUUUCUCGUUCAGCAAAUGUUUCAACCCAAAGAUUUGUCAUUAUCUACUUGUUGCCGUGAACGAAUAUAUUUAUUUAUUGAUGCAACAAUCAAAUGAA